ACUGGUGAAGCUGACUAGGGAAUCUCCAAUGACUAGUGUUCAAUGAUACCAUCCAAAGGGGGUCAAAAAAAAACUAGUACAUGUAUAUGAUGAACGUACGUGGUCAUCAGCAAAGACUGGGAGCAUCUCGUGGAUGAACCAAUGCCAGAACGCACCACACUAUCAGUUCAGUUCCUGCUGACAUGAUCAGGAAUAGUGCUGCUGCGAGCACAGUAGUACGAGCUCGCGGAUAAAUACUAGCAUGGCCUUUUGUUUUGAGCGAUGAUCACAAGAUUGAUGAGAACCCCAGCAUUUUUGAGGCGCAGACCCACCUGCUGCUGCCUCUCUGAAAAGCUCAGCAUGGCACAUGGUGGGUGAGCUCCUCGAUGACAGCAGAACAGGAGUGAUUAUUUCAUUUGCCAAACAACAUCCACCCAUUAAAUAUUGUCGCCAUACGCCAGAGCACAGAAUCUGUCAUACUUAAGGCCUGUUCGGUAUCUCGCCAGUUUCAAAACUCCGCUCCGUGCUAGGAGCUGGUUCCGAGCCACUCCGUAGGAUUCCACUGCCGCUCCCUCCGCUCCGGGAGUCGCAGCCGUGGAGCCGAGUGAAUCCGAACAGGGCUUUAAUCACCAUCACCUCUCUCCCUCUGUCUCGGUCUCUCUGUCUGUUCCUCUCCCUCCCCUGCCUCUCCAUUUCUCUCUGAAGCAGACACUCAAACGCACACAGAGCGGGCGCUACUGAGCUGCUAUCAGUUUUGACUGGAUUUGAGCUCCCUUGACCAAAAGAUCCCAGGAACUUCUAUGGAGGUGGCAGCUAUGGCGGACUCUACUGCCAAGGUUCAAAAUGCUGAAACAACCAGAACAUACUUGCAUAUGCUGAUGUAGAAUUGCAGUCACUGGUUUGUAGUUGGGCGCUGUCAUCUUUGAUAGUGACACGGCGAUAGACUGCCUUGGAGGGAAAGAGCUAGUUGAGGAAUUGAGGAAAUGUAGUAGUUGGCGGCUCUGAAGUAGAACUGACCUUUUCCUUGAAAAGUGAUAGAGACCUGGGAACUCCAACAAGGAUUUAAGCAAUGUAUGGGCUCCUCCGCUGAAGGCAACUCCCUUUGCUCUUGCACACUCUAGGCAUUUGACGCGGUAUGGAAGUGCAGGCGGUAUCACCAGCAAAGAAUGAAACAGGAGCAGCAGGAUAGCCAUCAUCAAUCCUGCUUCUUGGUGAUAACUUGCUAGGCAACAUACAUGGAUGGGCAGUCAGGGAAAACCAUGCAGAGUCUACCGGAUACAUUGUCAUCCCUCAAGGGGUUCAACAAGUACCUCACACCCGGUUGGAUUGAAUCAGUGUCCCACAUCCUCAAGGAGUUGACACCAACCAAACCACAGAAAGUAAUGGAAGAGGAUGCUCAAAAUGUAUUUGAGUGUCAUGACACAGAAUUAGACAUUAAAGUUGCGAAAAUUCAAGAUGAAAUGGUUUCACUGGGUGCCCAACUAAAGCAGAAAACACUGCAGAAGAGAGAGUCACUAAAUAACUAUUUGGACUUGAAAGGAAGUAUAAGGGUGUUCUGUCGUAUGAGGCCUUUCAACCAUGAAGAAAGUUACAGCUCCAGAACCAUGUUCACCCUUGAUGAGAGUAAUGUUUUCUUAAAAGUUGCUGAAACCAAGACAAAGCAAUACAAGUUCGAUAAGGUUUUCGACCCAUGCUCAACACAAGGUGAUGUAUUUUCUGAAGUCGAACCAGUGAUAAAAUCAGCUAUAGAUGGCUACAACGUUUGCAUAUUUGCCUAUGGUCAGACAGGUAGUGGAAAAACUUAUACAAUGGAAGGCAAGCCUAAAGAUUUGGGUGUCAUACCACGCGGGAUUCAAGUACUGUUUGAUCGAGCUUCAGAGAGCAACAGCAGAUUUCAGUUCACUUUCAGCAUGCUCGAGAUAUAUAUGGGAAACCUACGAGAUCUACUAGUUCCAGGAAGCAAGACCAAUGGGUUAAAGAAUGUUCCGAGCCUCUCUAUUAAAACGGAUCCUGAUGGUGCCAUUGAGAUUGAAAAUCUAGUGGCAGUUACCGUGAAUAAUUUUCAAGAAGUGAAAAGAUUAUAUGGUGUGGGGACCCGUCUUAGAUCAACAGCUUCCACUAUGGCUAAUUCUACAUCAAGUAGAUCUCACUGUUUGAUUCGCAUUUCAUUGACCUCCUUUGAUGCACCUGAGAGAAAAAAAGCAAGAAACAAAAUAUGGAUGAUUGAUCUAGGUGGAAGUGAGAGACUUGUAAAGACCAAAGCAACUGGUAAAAGGCUGAAGGAAGGCAAAGCCAUAAAUUUGUCAUUGUCAGCCCUAGGGGAUGUGAUUGAUGCACUACAGACUAAAAAACCUCAUGUACCUUACAGGAAUAGUAAGCUUACACAAGUUCUGAGAGAUUCUCUAGGAUGCGAGUCCAAAACAUUGAUGCUUGUCCAUAUUAGACCAAAUGAGAAUGAUUUGUGCGAGACCGUUUGUACCUUGGGUUUUGCAACAAGAGUGAGAAGUAUCCGUCUAGAAAGUGAAGAAUCGCCAGAGGUAAAAACAAGGAAGGAAGAUUUCUUAAAGGAGUUAGAACAGACGGUCAGUAAUUUGGAACAAGAAUGUGACAAUAUUAGAAGAGAAAUUAAGAAGCUCGAGGAUACAGUGGAACAUUUGAGAGGGCCUCAAACAUCUGCUAGCACAAAUUUUGCAACUUCACAUCCGUCCACUCAGGAACUGAAGAUUGACAUGUCAAAGAAUGUAAGAAGUCUGAAGAAUCAUAGAGAAGUUCCGCGUGGGUUACCAAGGUUCAUGAAGCCAACUGCUGCUAGCCAGCACAGGAUAGGUUUAAACAACAAUGUUCCCAGUAUUAACAGGAUGAAACCACCAAUGCCACCAAAGAGAAGGCCUUCUUCUGUAUAUGCAGAAUCUGUAAGAUUUCCAGUAAAUGCCGAUACUUGGCAGUCAGAAUGCAGUUCUGAGUGCAGUAUCUCCAUGACAAGUGACAUGAAUUGGACACCGAGCAUACUAGAUGGGACUCAAUGUAGCCAAGAUGCAUCAGAGUACGAGAUCAAACAGGUGAUUUUCUCAGAACAUGAGAAACCAUCACAGGGUCAAGUCAUUUCCUUCAAAGAAUGGCAACUUACAGAAUCAGAGAAUAUGCAGAACAAAACUGAAGAAAGGAGUAUUAUAGACAUUGAUAAUUGGAUCCACCAACAAAUACUUCAAAGUGCUGACACAUGCCAAAGCAAAAGGGUUGUAACUGUUCCCAAUGUAACUGAAGAAGAAACUUUCAAUAUUCCUUCACCAAUUAAGAUUGAAGGGACUAAAAGUUGUAAGCAAGCACAGGACGAAAAAAGUGAACUAACCCUACAACCCCCACCACUCGAUGCAAAGGAUAUAAAGCGACCCAAGGCAGUUAAUCAUUUCGCCACAGCAGAAUUAUACAGUCCUCCAUCAAGAGAACAUUGCAGAACCAACGAGACAAAGAAACAUAUGAAUGAAAAUCUUGCAUAUCAGGGGAGAUCCAGAAGAUCUCUUCAAGAAAAGCUGGAUGGUUGCAUGCUAAAGCUGCCAGAAUCUGAUCUCGAUACAAGUCCUGAAAUCAGGCCCCAGGAAGAGGAACACAGCAUAGGAAAACUGAAAAAGUUCUUUCAAGCUCUCCAAACAGCAUGGGGCUGUGUUCGUCUAGGAUUAGGCAUUGUCAACCUUGGAUUAGAGCACGAGUUCUUUCAAAGCUUGAUACUUUGAAGUAACUGUAAUGUCGUCAUUUUAAGAGGUAGUACUCACUUUUGAGAGUACACUACUUUAGGAAUUGUACUGCCGGUUUGUCACUGCAGCAGGUGAAUUGCUGAUCUGAUGCUGCAUUGCUGCAACAGUUGGUUUGAUGCCAGAUGGAUUGUUCUAGGAAUAUAGUGGAAGUUGUAAAAAAAAGUGUUUGAGUGAACAAACUAUGAAUGAGAAAUUUGACAUAUCCUGAAA